AUGCGUCGCCGGCCUUCUGCGUUUCCAAAGUUCGUCUCUGAAGCGGCGAGGGAGGCGGCCUUGAGGGAAGCCUGGUGGAAUAAACCGCUCUCAGAGGACGUCCAGAAGUGGCUGAGAACAUGGGACUACCAAGAGGAGGAACCACUUGGUGAAGGGACGAAAGGGGAGGAACUACCUGGUGAAGGCCACGCAACGCAGAAGAACGGAGGGGGAUCCGGCGAAAAACGGGGAACAGAGGAAGCAUCGGCGGGGAAGUUUCAGCUGCUGUGUCGAGCAGACAUGGUUCACUAUCUCGACGUGCGAGACGGCUGGGAGCUAGAGCAAUGCGAGUGCUGCUUCGACCGCGCCGUGAGCUACCGAGCACAGCGCGCGCUCAACAUGAUGUCCCUCGAAGAUUUCCGAUUCCACCUGCACACACAUUUGCCUUCCGCCGUCCCUGUUGCGGCGCCAAACAGGCAAUCCAGGGCCAUUCGCGAGUUCGCCUCACGGGUACCUGUGGAGGCGUUGGGUGGGAGAGGGGCCCUUGUGGCCGAGCUAGGGGCGGGCAAGCAGCAGGAGGACGAUUCAUUCGCCUCCCUGCUGGUGCAGGUGCUGGGGGUGAAGGAGAGCGCUGAUCUGCAGGAAGGGUUUGGGUUCUUUGUGCAGCAUUUGCUGUCAGGCGGGCUGGAGCAGGCGCAUGCAGAGGAGAAAGGAAGGGGGCGGGCAGGAGGGCAGGAUUCAAGAGGCAGGGGCAUGGGGCAAAAUGGGCCUGGUGCGGAUAUAGGGAGGAUGGAGGGGGGUAGGGUUGCUAGAGAGGUCGUGAUGUUUCCGCAGCUGGGAAGCCCUGAAGAGUCGUGGGAGACGGGGAUCCGACUGAUGGCUGAAGCCAUGACGAGAGCGGUGGAGGGCAGAAGCGGCAUGGGGGAGGAGUGUGUGACUGGAAUGGGCAUGGGGCGAGACGGGGGCAGUGUGAGGGGCAUAGGGGGAGAAACAGGUAGCGGAAGGCGCAUGGGGGGAGACAGGGGCAGCGGAAGGGGCAUGGGGCAAGGUAUGGGCAGCGGAAGGGGCAUGGGGCAAGAUGGGGGCAGCGGAAGGGGCAUGGAGGAGGAAUUAUACGGGAUGAUGGGCAGUGCGUGGGGAGGGGUGAGACGCGAAGAGGUGAGCGGCAUGUUGAAUCUGGAUAGAGGCGCCGCCAUGGAUAGCUUUCUGAGUGCCGUGGGCGGUGGGAGUGGGGGCGGGGGCAGGAGGGGUGUGGGGAGUCAGGGAGAUGGGCUGAUGGGGUGGAUGGGUGGGGGGGAUGAAUCUGAGAAUGGGGAGGCAUCGGAAUGGGGAGUGGGGACGGCUGAGGCUGGGAAUGGAGGGGAAUGGGGAGGCAGCGGUGGUGGGGGGAUGGCUGGUGAAGGGGCGGAGGGGAGAGAUGGUGAGGGUGGCAGGGAUGGGAAGGGUGAGAAGUGUAGGGAGCAUCUGAAGGGGCGUGUGUGGGAGAGGCUCGGCGCCAUCCCCAAGCCUCUGGACCAAAGCAGCAUUCCCUUGGAGUGGGAGGAGUGGUCUCGGGGCGAUGAAGCUGCUGGGAAGCUUCCCAAUGACCCCAGUGCGAGAUGCUUUCGACUGGGGAUAGUGAAGGAGAGCGGGUCGAGAGAGGAGGGUGGGGGAAAGGCAUCUAAGGAGGCAGGGACUCCGGGAGGGAGGCCAGGAGGGACAGCAAGGGCCAUGCGGGGGCGAGGAGGCAAGGGGGGUAACAGGAGGGGCGGAGGGAGGGGUGGCAGGGGGGUUGACCGAGGGCUUGACUGGGGUAGUGGAAGUGGGUGGGGGAGGGACACAGCACACGGAGACGAUUCACCGAGCUUUGCAGAAGCUCUGGCAGCGUCCGUGGCUCCUCAAAACCAAAAGAUCCCCAUCGUGCGCUGCACUGCAGACGCUGAGUUCCUAGUGGAGUUUGCCGGGUAUAUGGUGCUCCCUCCAUCCUGCUCCCACUGCUCCAAUUGCUUCAGCACCUUCACCUACUACCUCCUGGCCCUCACUCCCAUUGCUAACUUUGCCUAUCAACCAGCCAGCGCCCUUUUCAACCGCUUUGUAUCGGUCUUUCCUCCGCACUCCCCUGAGUUCAACGACCUCCUGGCUAGUCUGCGAAUGAAGCCUCUUCCCACGGACGUGCCUGCGCUGCUGAACCUGCAUGUUGUGAGGGAGCGAGCCGAGCAGCUGCCGGUGUUCUUCCUGCUGCUUGUGGCGCUCAGAUGGCCGAAAGCGAUGCUGCAGAUAGAGGAGUUGAAGGGGUUGGGGAGGGAUGAGGAGAGCGGAGAGGAGAGUGGAGAGGGUAAGGGGAAGGACAAGAAAGAGGAGGAGCCGGCUUACCUCAAGCCAUGUCCGGGAGGAGUCAAUCUGGUGGCAUGUCUGCGAGAGAUGCUGCUGGGGGAGCCCUGCUACCGCCCUGCCUCCCCUGCUGCUACUUCCCCUGCUGCUGGGAGCACAGGAACACUGCUGAACGUUGCUGGUAAAUCAGCUCCUGAAGGCUCGUCGGUGGAGGGUGGUGGUGUGAAGCUGAGGAGCUGCGGUGGGUGUGGCAAGGUGGCUUAUUGCAGCAGAGAGUGCCAAAAGGCGCACUGGCCAUUCCAUAAGCUCACAUGCAAAUCCAAGGCCAGCAGCAUGGUGAGUGGCCAAGUCUUUGUUGUGCAAGUGGCAGCUGCCGAGAGCUUGGCGCAUCGCCGUUGGGCUCGUGUGUCUGCUCGUGGUGAUUUGCAUGCUGUGGCACCUGCUGGGGUCGCCUUGCCUUACUGA